ACCAAUCCAUUUAAGUCACAAGCGUUGGCACUGCGUUACUUAUACAGGGUGGUCCAAACCUUGACGUCCAAAUUUUUUUUUAGAUUCCUCACGUCGUGGGCUAUCAGAAUAUUUUUUUUUUCGUGAUUUGAGGUUGGUCCCAUAAUAAAAAUUGCUCAGUAUAAUCCCAAAACCACCCUGGCAACAGGAAUGCAGUUAUUUUUUAGCCACCCUGUAUGGGAACCCCGGAAUUACAUAACAAAAGUUAAAAGUUUAAAAAAUCACAACUCGAAAACUACGAAAAAUCGGUUAACAUACAUGGGGUAUAUUCUGACAGCCCACGGCGUGAGGAAUCUAAAAUUUAUUUUUGGACGUCAAGGUUUGGACCACCCUGUAUACACACAUUAAAUAAAAUUUGCCCUUGUUUGCAACAUUCCAUAAAAUCUCACAAAUCAUAGGUUUUUUUCUUUAGCGUUACAUAAAUUUCCAAUUCGAAUAAAUAUUAAAUAAUAAACUCUUCUCUCACUAGUUACAGACAAACCCGUGAUACAAAAGUUUUCUAAUUCCGUAUUACAUGCAUAUUAUUUUAUUUUAAUAACAAUUAGGUACUUAGGUACUAGGGAGUGUGACGUGCCUAAUUAUGAGAACUUGGUAACAUACAUUUAUUAGUCAGAGAGAUAACCCCCAACGUUAUCGUUACCUAUUUAUCUUAAUUACCCACAAAAACAAAUUAUUAUUGAUAUUUUAUCACUGAGCAUAAAAGGCGUUGUGAGGUAAUUUUAAUUUUAGACGUGCUCAAAGAGUAGAGGAAAAUGGCGCAAUUCACAUUUGAAGGCGAUAUUAAAAUCCUUGCUGACCCUCAAAUAAAACUAGUUGAAAAUGUUCUUCAGGAAAAAGGAUUCACAAGUGGAAAAAUUGUUGUAGAACAAGUGGGUCAAAAAGGGGAUAAUUACAUUGCACACGUGAAGAGAUUCAUAUACGAAGCGGAAGAUGGAACUACAUUUAAGAUGAUCGGAAAAGUUGCACCUGUAGACGCACAAUUAAGACGAAUGAUGAAAACAAUGAUUCUAUUCAAUAACGAAACCGUUAUGUACAAUCUUGUUUUGCCUAAGCUAAAUGAUAUUCAAAACUCAGCCGGUGCCACUGCCGAUGAAAAAGUAAGAUUUCCCGCUUGCUACGGAGUUGUGACUGAAGAACCGUACGAAUUCAUUCUGCUUGAAGAUUUAAAAGAGGCAGGUUUUGAGAUGUUCGACAGAAUGAAACCCUUAACCAACGAAAGUGUUCGUUUAGUCGUUAAGGAUUUGGCCCAAUACCAUUCACUUUCUUAUGUGUUCAAGAAUUCUGAACCGGAAAUGUUUGAAAGUUAUUCAAACAGACUGUUAAAUAUGUGGGUCAUUAUGGGUGCUCAACCUGAUGCACAGCGGUUUUUUGAAUCGGCCGAGAAUGAUCUUCUCAAAAUGAUGUAUGAUGUGAGUGACAAGUACAAGAACGUAUUAAGAGGGUCGUUGACACAGAUUGCUCCGAUUGCUAAGAAAAUGCAAAGUUACGAAAAGGGUUCAAAAUAUUCUGUAAUCCAGCAAGGUGACUGUUGGAAUAACAAUAUCUUGUUCCGGCUUGAGGACGGCAAGCUAGUUGAUGACGUUAUGAUCGACUACCAGCUAUCAAGGGAAGGCAACCCCGCCGCCGACCUUCUAUAUCUUAUAUUCAACUGCACAGACCACGCCACCAGACUGAAGCACUACCAAGAAUGGAUCGACUAUUAUCACGAAAUUCUUGACGACUCACUAAACCUUUAUGGUCUUAAAGCCAACCGCGUAUUUCCCAAAGACCAACUCGACGCAGACCUUAGGAGAUAUGGAAAACUGAUGGUUAAUCUAGGCGUGAUGCUCUCGUCUAUAUUAGUAAGGGAAUCUAAAGAUGUAGUGGAUAUUAAAGAAAUGACUGGCGAUAAAGAGAAGAUGGUGGAAGACACAAUGGCGCAGAUGGACGCCUCAUUAUUGAAUGUAUCGACUAUUGUUAAUUUAAGAAAAAAGAUCUUGGGUAUUAUUGAUACUGCUCUUGAGUUUGGACUUAUUCAUAAAAGGCGUUGUGAAGUAAUGUUAAUUUUAGACUUGCUCAAAGAGUACAGGAAAAUGGCGCAAUUCGCAUUUGAAGGCGAUAUUGAAAUCCUUGCUGACCCUCAAAUAAAACUAGUUGAAAAUGUUCUUCAGAAAAAGGGAUUCACAAGUGGAAAAAUUGUUGUAGAACAAGUGGGUCAAAAAGGGGAUAAUUACAUUGCACACGUGAAGAGAUUCAUAUACGAAUCGGAAGAUGGAACUACAUUUAAGAUGAUCGGAAAAGUUGCACCUGUAGCCGAACAAUUAAGACUAAUGAUGAAAACAAUGAUUCUCUUUAAUAACGAAAUCGUUAUGUACAACCUAGUUUUGCCUAAGCUGAAUGAUAUUCAAAACUCAGCCGGUGCCACUGACGAUGUAAAGGUAAGAUUCCCCGCUUGCUACGGAGUUGUGACUGAAGAACCGUACGAAUUCAUUCUGCUUGAAGAUUUAAACGAGGCAGGUUUUGAGAUGCUGGACAGAAUGAAACCCUUAACCAAUGAAAGUGUUCGUUUAGUCGUUAAAGAUUUGGCCAAAUACCAUUCACUUUCUUAUGUGUUCAAAAAUUCUGAACCGGAAAUAUAUGAAAGUUAUUCAAACAGACUGUUAAAUAUGUGGGUCAUAAUGGGUGCUCAACCUGAAGCACAUCAGUUAUUUAAAAAAAAGGGCGAGAAUGAUCUUCUCAAAAUGAUGCAUGAUGUGAGUGACAAGUACAAGAACGUAUUAAGAGGGUCGUUGACACAGAUUGCUCCGAUUGCUAAGAAAAUGCAAAGUUACGAAAAGGGUUCAGAAUAUUCUGUAAUCCAGCAAGGUGACUGUUGGAAUAACAAUAUAUUGUUCCGGCUUGAGGACGGCAAGUCAGUUGAUGACGUAAUGAUCGACUACCAGCUGUCAAGAGAAGGCAAUCCUGCUGCCGACCUUCUAUAUCUUAUAUUCAACUGCACAGACCACGCCACCAGACUGAAGCACUACCAAGAAUGGAUCGACUAUUACCACGAAAUUCUCGACGACUCACUAAACCUUUAUGGUCUUAAAGCCAACCGCGUAUUUCCCAAAGACCAACUCGACGCAGACCUUAGGAGAUAUGGAAAACUGAUGGUUAGCCUUAGCGUGAUGCUCUCGUCUAUAAUAGUAAGGGAUUCUAAAGAUGCAGUGGAUAUGAAAGAAAUGACUGGCGAUAAAGAGAAGCUGAUGGAAGAUACAAUGGCGCAGAUGGACGCCUCAUUAUUGGAUGUAUCGACUAUUGUUAAGUUAAGAGAAAAGAUCUUGGGUAUUAUUGAUACUGCUUUUGAGUUUGGACUUAUUUAAGUUUUGCUACUUAAAUAAAAUAUUUUAUUAUGACUAAAAUUAAAGCCAGUUCUGUUUUUG